AUGGAAUAUUUUACCAGAAUAGCUGUAUUAAACAUGGAAACCCAGAAUUCUUCGGUGACAGAGUUCAUCCUCGCAGGCUUAACAGACCAGCCUGGACUUCGGAUCCCACUGUUCUUCCUGUUUCUAGGAUUCUAUGUAGUUACUGUAGUGGGGAACUUGGGCUUAAUCACCCUAAUAGGGCUCAGUUCUCAACUGCACACUCCCAUGUACUUCUUCCUCUUCAACCUUUCCUUAAUAGAUUUCUGUUACUCUGCUACCAUCACCCCCAAAAUGCUGAUGAGUUUUGUCUCAAAGAAAAACAUAAUCUUGCAUGCUGGAUGUAUGACUCAGCUCUUUUUCUUUUGCUUCUUUGUCAUCUCUGAGUCCUUCCUCCUGUCUGCCAUGGCAUAUGACCGCUAUGUUGCCAUUUGUAACCCCUUGGUAUACAUGGUCACCAUGUCUCCCCAGGUGUGCUUACUCCUUUUAUUGGGUGUCUAUGUGAUGGGGUUUACUGGAGCCAUAGCUCACACAGGAAGCAUAAUAAGUCUUACUUUCUGUGCUGACAACCUUGUCAAUCACUUUAUGUGUGACAUUCUUCCCCUCCUUGAGUUAUCCUGCAACAGUACUUACGUGAAUGAGCUGGUAGUCUUUAUUGUUGUGGCCUUUGAUAUUGGUGUGCCCAUUUUCACCAUCUUCAUUUCUUAUGCCCUCAUCCUCUCUAGCAUUCUUCACAUCCAUUCCACAGAGGGAAGGUCCAAGGCAUUCAGCACCUGCAGCUCCCAUAUAAUUGUGGUUUCUCUUUUCUUUGGUUCAGGGGCUUUCAUGUACCUUAAACCUCCUUCUAUUUUGCCCCUUGACCAAGGCAAAGUGUCCUCCCUUUUCUAUACCAUUGUGGUCCCCAUGUUAAAUCCAUUGAUAUAUAGCUUGAGGAACAAGGAUGUCAAAGUUUCCCUGAAGAAAACUUUGGACAGGAGAAUGUUUUCUUAA